UUCCAACAGUUUGAAUUGCAGCGUUGCUGCCAAACCCGUGCUUCUGCUGCAGAGCUUUAUAACUUUGGAGCAGAAAGAAACGAAUAACAUUAAAUCACACGGAUAAGAUGUCCUCAGAUGAAGGGGAGCUAAACAGUCCACAUCUACCCAAGGACUCAGACAGGGGCAGCUCUGUGUCUUCUGAACUUCAAGACGAGUAUGAAGAACUGCUUCGCUUUGCUGUGGUCACUCCAAAAUAUGAUCCAAGUAUCCCAUUACAGCAGCUGAGAAGCUCAUUUUCUUCAAAAGCUCCCCAGAAUUCCUCUGCAAUGGAUCCUGCAGGACUCAAGGCGGCUGAGGGAAAUGGUAAGCUGUCAUCACCUGUAGGUGAGAUGAUUUUAGCCAGCUGUUCUCCACCAUUAGAAGGAUCCAGCCCACAGAUUCGAAUGACUGAAGGGGAGGUGGCGGCAUCCAGGUCACGCAAAGGAUCCGAAGCAGCGAGUACAAGCUCGGACGGAUCUGGGAAGAACAGUCCAGAUCAUGUGAUUAACGUGAUGACGGAGAUGUUUGUGUCUGACGAGAACCUUAACAAGAUGGAGGAUAUUUUGGACACAUGGAGCAACAACUUGAAGAGUAAUGUGAUGACUGAACUACGGAAAUGGCAGAUGGCCUUUGUGGAGCAGUACAGACUGGAAAUGAAGAAGGAGAGGGAAAUACAUGCUGCUCACAUCGCAGGCAUUAAUGCAGAGAUGGACAGCCUCAAAGACCUGCUCAAUACAUACCAGAUCUCCAAUCAGCGGAAAGAUGAGGUGAUCGUGAAUUUGACGCGGGCAGUUGACAGGCAGCGUGAACGUGUGGAGCUGAUGAGGAGCUUCACCCAGUGGAGACUCCAGCACUGUGCUGCCAAAGAGGAGGCUCAGGCGAGCAAAUUGGCAGAGCAGCACUACCAGCUGCAGCUGAAGAAGAAGGUGUGGGCAGCCUGGCACUCACUUAUCCAAAGAGGAUGGAAGGAGAGUGCAGAGCGGGCAUGCCGUGCUCGUGCUGAGGAGGUCUGUUUGCAGCUUUCUGCUGACUAUGAGGCUAAACUGGCAGAGAAUAUGGAGGCCCUGCAAAAAUCCCAAGCUGAGAUCCAAAGGCUGCACAGAGAACAAAAGCGCUAUGAAGACUCCAUGAAGAAAGCGUUCAUGCGUGGUGUCUGCGCUCUCAACAUCGAGGCGCUCAGCAUGUUCCACACUGCAGACACGGGCAGACAGGAGCGCGAUGCAUCACCUUCAGGAGAUGAACCCAGUUCUAGCUCAAUGGCCAGUCGUCCACUCUUUACUGCAUCUUCAGCACGCCUAAGCCCAACCAGCAUGGAGACUCCGGUGCAGCCGGUCCACUCUCACACUAAUAUUGACGACACAGAAGCAGAUCAGUUCAGCUCUCAGCCUGGCUGUAGCACAGCAGUACGCCCGAUAGACACACUGCCCUCCAGUACAGUAGUUAACACUACUUUAGCACCGGGAGGCAUCACAAGUACUCUUCGACAAUUCCCACAGACGAGUGUUCGGACAGUAACUGCUGGUCAACAGAAAACAUCAAAAACAGUGACCGCACGUAUCACAGGCCGCUCAGAACUGGCCAAGACAGCCCGUAUCCCUAGCAACCUGCAGGUCAUGGGUGUGGCUCCACCCAUGAGCUCCAUCGUUGUGGAAAGACACCACCCUGUCACUCAGGUUACCCUCGGCCAGGCAACAGCGGCCAAGUUUCCUCGUUCUGCUAUACAGAGUCACGCCGUGUCCAGCACUAAAAGCUCCAGCCAGCCCAGGGGACAGCCGUCCUCCGCAUUUUACACCCACUCCAUUAAAGUAGUGGACUAACACACACACACACACACACACACACACACACACACACACACACACACACACAAUCCCCCCUUGAACUCCAACAUAAAUAUCAUUUACACAGAUUUACAAAGGAAUACAUUUGAUAAGUCAGAUCUAGUGGUGUGCCAUAGCUUAUACCUCUUAUUUGAAAACCAGGGCUUCAUGUUUUUAAGGUUUUAUAUUGUUCAUUCAGGUUUACAUAACAUUUUUAGUGUGUACAAUGCCUAAUUAAAUCAUUUUUUUUUAAAUAUUUGUAUAUUAAUGAAGUUAUUUAGAUACUUUUUUUUUUUUUUUUUGGUCACUGUGUGGCAAGAUUGUAUGUCCCUAAUGAUGAAGCGUGAUGUUCUUAUUUCCAGAGUCUUAAAGAAAGUCAAGUCAGCCACAUAUUUGUACAGCACUGUAUAGAUUAAGUGUGUUGGUUAAAUCAAUGUAAAUUGAUAUUUAAAUAAACUGUUACGUUUAAUAAUUUAAUGUCAUUGUGCAGGAAGUCAAAUUAAGGAUUGCUGUUGCUUUUAGGACUCUGAUGAGUAAAAUAAAAAUUUCUUUUUUUACA